AUGGAAAGUGAACAAGAGCCCAUUUUAGGGCCAAAUUUACAACAACCUCCGAAUAGAAGAAGAUCGAGCAUUGUUUAUGGGUUGUCUCGUCCUCAAUUUGUUGGUUCUGAUGCAACCAGCGUACCUCCUUCCUUACAAGAAUUUAUUGAAGCACGCCAAAGAGCUUCGAGGCGAGGACAUGCUUCUCCUGCCACGGUACCUACUUAUGGCUCUUUAGAGGAAGCAGAACGGGAGACCAGUCCUUCUGCUUCAGCAUUGAGUGAAGAAAUUGAUAAUGUUCGGAAAAGCACUUGGAAAAAGGAAUUCCAUUUACUGGUUAAAUUUGGUAUACCAGUUGUUUUAACAUCCUUACUACAAUAUGGGGAAGUAAUCAUAACGGUCUUUUCACUAGGACAUUUAGGAAAAACAGAAUUAUCAGCUGCUAGUCUUUCAAAUAUGACUGCUACUAUAACGGCAUUCGCCAUCUAUCAAGGCAUUGUUUCUGCUCUUGAUACUCUUGGCACUCAGUGCUUCGGAUCCGGAAACUAUGAAUUAGUUGGUCUCCACCUUCAAAGGAUUCUUUCUGUUUUAUGUUUACUUCAAAUUCCAAUAAUUUUCAUCUGGUGGAAUAUAGAACCAAUUCUUCUGUUUUUUAAACAAGACCCUACCACUUGCUAUCUAGCGGGUAGAUAUAUGAGGGUUUUGUUGCUUGCUAGUCCUGCAUAUGCACUUUUUGAGUCUUUAAAACGGUUUUUACAAGUCCAAGGUAUAUUUCAACCUGUUACCAAUAUCUUAGCCUUCAUUGUUCCUCUCAACAUUCUUCUAAAUUAUCUCUUAGUAUGGAGCCCCUGGUUCGGGUUCGGGUUCAUAGGUGCCCCUAUUGCUGUUACAAUUACGCUUUGGAUGGCUUGUGCAAUUCUUAUAUGGUAUAUUGUUAAAGUCAAUGGACGUCAGGCUUGGGGAGGUUUUAGUAAGGAAGCUCUUGGAAACUGGGGUCCACUGUGCAGGCUUGCUAUUCCUGGCGUAGUGAUGAUAUGUAGUGAAUAUUGGGCCUUUGAAUUAUUGACAUUUGUUGCAGGUGUAUUGGGUACUACGGAUCUUGCCUCAAUGUCAGUCUUAUCUACGACUUCGUCUGUUUCAUAUACUAUUGCUUUUGGUGUAGCUGCUGCUGCAGCUACACGAGUAGGAAAUUUGAUUGGUGCAGGUAAUACAAAACUUGCCAAGCUUUCAACUUACGUCGCUGUAUCAGUAGCAGCAUUGAUUGGUCUUUGCAUUACUUCCAUUAUGGUUAUCUUUAGAAAUCACUGGGCCUACCUUUUCACUUCUGACAAAGAUGUGGUACAGUUGGUAGCUCAGCUCGUUCCGCUUUGUGCCCUAAUGAACAUUGCAGAUAACACUCAGUGUGUAGCUGGAGGUGUUCUACGUGGCCAGGGACGUCAGCGUAUUGGAGGCAUAGUUAACUUCGUCGCCUAUUAUAUUCUAGCUUUGCCUAUCGCUAUUGUUUUAUGCUUCUACCUUGAAUGGGGUUUGUUUGGUUUGUGGGUUGGAAUAACUGUUGCCGUUUUUGUAAUAGCUGCCGUUGAAACGCGCUGUGCUCUUCAUGUCAAUUGGGAACACUUGGUUGAAGUUGCUGAACAACAAAUUGAUGAAGCUCGUAAUGUUUGA